UGUCCACCGGAAGACAGGCGUGUCGCUGUGCUGGGAAGAUUGUUUACAUUUUUCUCCAGCUGAUAAAAUGAAUCCUCCGAUCAUCAACUCCACCAACUUCGUCUCUACCACUAGAAAGAAACGGGAGGCCGAGCGCUCCGUCAACUGGACGGCUGAGGAGACUCAUGUGCUGCUGUGUGCUUGGAGCGAUGAGCGCGUGCAGAAGAGUUUGGCAGAAAACCUCAGAAACCGUCACGUCUUCAAACACCUCUCUGCUCGGAUGAGUGAAAUGGGGUUCUUUAGGAGUCCGCACCAAUGCCGACUCCGGGUCAAGACUCUGAAGGCGAGCUACAUGAGAACCAGACUGCAGAGGAGUGUGGACAGCUCUCAGCCCUGCACCUUUAAAUACUUCAGAGAGAUGGACGCCGUCUUAGGACGCAGGUCAGCUGGAGGGGAAGGAGAGACCUCUUUAAUUUCACCAGACGGGAUGGGACAGUAUCACCAGAGCUCCUUUACCUGCACAGGAAGUACCCCGCCAAAUUUAAAGCCUCACGAAGAGGCCAGUGGACAUCAGCUGGGUUCUUCAGGGAGGACAGGAAGUCACUGCUCGAGCUCUGCAGGGGAUCAUGGGGGCCGUCAGUCCUGGCAGAUCGUCUCUGAAGUCAAGGUGGAGCAUGGGGAGGUUUCUACUGAUGAGUUUGAGUUCAGUAAACCAGGAUGUCCACAGCAGGAGAGGGACGAGGAUUACCCAGAAUCCUCUACCCUUCAGGACAUGACUGGUCCACUGAUGGAAAACAGCCUGACCUCUUCUCCUCCACAUGAAGCUCCUCCCCCACUUCCUCCUUCUCCUCCCGUCCAAUCAGCUUCCCUGUCUCCCCCUGCCCCUCCACACCCAAACAGCGUCCCCAUCUCUAACCAUCGUCACCCAGAGUCCAGCUGCCUGGAGCCGGUCCUCAGGCAUCUGUCGGACUGUUUCCAGGGCCUGGUGUCAGAGACCCGGGACCUCCUGGUCCAGCUGGAGAGUCAGCGACAGGAGCAGGCACGCUGGAACCAGGAGCUCCUGGUCCAGUGGAUGCAGAGGGAGGAGCGGUGGCAGAGGGAGGCGGCUGAGAGGGAGGAGAGGAGGGAGAAGGCUCGAAUGGAGCACGAGAUCCGAGUCCUGCAGCUCCUCACCGGCCUGGAUAGAAGGCACAGGUGUAGAUGUGAAGGUGGAAGGACUGCAGCAGAGGAGGCUCUAGAUCACAGCAGGGACGGGGACGGGGACUAGGACUAGGACUAGGACUGCGGCAGAGGAGGUUCUGGAUCACAGCAGGGACAGAGACAGGGACUAGGACUGCAGCAGAGGAGACUCUGGAUCACAGCAGGGACGGGAACGGGGACUAGGACUGCAGCAGAGGAGGCUCUGGAUCACAGCAGGGACGGGAACGGGGACUAGGACUGCAGCAGAGGAGGCUCUGGAUCACAGCAGGGACGGGGACGGGGACUAGGACUGCAGCAGAGGAGGCUCUGGAUCACAGCAGGGACGGAGACAGGGACUAGGACUGCGGCAGAGGAGGUUCUGGAUCACAGCAGGGACAGAGACAGGGACUAGGACUGCAGCAGAGGAGACUCUGGAUCACAGCAGGGACGGAGACAGGGACUAGGACUGCAGCAGAGGGGGCUCUGGAUCACAGCAGGGACAGAGACAGGGACUAGGACUGCAGCAGAGGGGGCUCUGGAUCACAGCAGGGACAGAGACAGGGACUAGGACUGCAGCAGAGGAGACUCUAAAGAGCAGAAUAAACCAAAGACCUGGGACAGGAGGACACCGUUUAAGAAUGCUAAUGGAGACGGUCACCGCUUUCUGAACCGACCCGUUGCCGCUGUCAGGCCGUCUGAGGAUGUCUGCUGGGGUUCAGGUCAUCAGGUCAUCAGGUCACAGACGGCUGAUGGGAGCAGAUCAGUGUGAAGAGGAACUCUAAAUGCCAAAAUCAGACUGUAAAUUUAGAAAAGGAUCACAUCUGUCUUCUUCUUUUAGCUCAUAGACUUCAGUCUGGUAACUCUCCUGUCCUGGAUCAGCUGUGAGCUGGACCAUCAGAUCCAGACCAGCUAAUCUAGGAUCAGUUCUUCUGUUAGACCUUCUCAGGCCUUUAUGGAUCCUCCAGAUGAACCAGAAUUGUUGGUGCACUUUCAUAUGAAUUAAAAUGGAUGAACCCUCUCUGUGUGCUUCUUUACAGCCUUUCCUAACAGCUCAGUCUUAGACCUGGAUGUAGACCUGGACUGAAGACCUCUUCUCCUCUAGACCGUUUACUCUGACAUUCACAGACAUGGGGGAUCAGGGACCAGAGAGGAAAGGGGGGCCUAGAGCAGUCUGAUGUUAGACGUAAGACCGACUUUAGCUGGUUUACGUUGGUCCAGAUCCAGGUCUUCAUUUAAAGGAGAUGAUACCCAUAGACCUGGUUCCCUAACCCUAACCUCAUAGAUCCGACCACUCUUUAUGUGAGACUCCUGGGUCCUCAGAGAGACCAGGUUGUAGGUCUGACACGGCUCAUCCACAAAUCCUCCUCCAGGUCUGUCCUCUGUGCUCCACUGCUCUGACCAUUACCCAGAGUGCUUCAGUGCCACGUUACUGACAUGAAUGAGUUACUGCAGACUACCUCUGAUCACAUCAGCUGACCGGGCGGUCAUCCGGUCCAGUCCUGAUGAAGGACUGGACUGAACUGAUGAAGACCUCAGACCGGCCUUGGUCCUCAGACCUCAGACCGGCCUUGGUCCUCAGACCUCAGACCAGCUGUGGUCCUAAGACCUCAGACCAGACAUGGUCCUCAGACCGACCACGGUCCUCAGACCUCAGACCAGCCAUGGUCUAACGUGAUUUCUGAUCAUCUUCAGAGUUAAUGUCAGAAUAAAAUAAAGGAUUGUUGUAAAAAACACU